AGCUGAUGGAAGAGGGACGGGCUGCUGUGCUUCAGGAGGAGAUUCCUUUCCGCAACGUGCGCACGCUCUCCUUCGAGCUGCUUGUUUCUUCGCUCGCGUGCGGUGACGCCGGAGGCGUUUGAUCCCAGGGAGGUGCUGGCGAUUUAAGGACCGGCUGAGCUGGAGUUGCCCCGACCCUUCCAGGACUGCGAGGACGUCCUGCCGCUGCCGCUCCGCGCAGAGGCGUGUGCGAGCCGAGACCGGACGCUCUCCAAGCGCCCGUUGCUUUUCUGACGUCCAGAUGGAGAAGCCUGGGCAGAAUCCCGCCCGCCGGCUCUCCGGGAGGGGAGAGCCUCCUGCAGACGCCGAUGCCCGGAGGUACCGAGGAGCUUCGCUCUCCUGUUACUGUAAAUGCUUCUCUGUCUCUGCAGGGACAGCAAAGUCUGCCGGCUCGUAGCUUCUGUAAAGGACUUGGAGCCGAGAGCAUUUACCCUCCAGAUUUCCUGGAAUAAACAAAGCGCGGAGCGGAUGGAGUCAGAGUCCGAGAACAAGCUAGAUGGAGAGACGGCGUCUGACAGCGAAAGCAAAUCUGAAUUUGGAGGAUCGCCUCCGGUGCCGACAUCCGAUGACACUCCAGAGGUCCUGAACAGAGCUCUCUCCAACCUGUCCUCAAGAUGGAAGAACUGGUGGGUAAGAGGCAUCCUCACGCUGGCAAUGAUCACCUUCUUCUUCAUCAUCAUCUACUUGGGACCCAUGGUCUUAAUGAUGAUAGUGAUGUGCGUCCAGAUCAAAUGUUUUCACGAGAUUAUCACUAUCGGCUAUAACGUGUAUCACUCGUAUGACCUCCCCUGGUUCAGGACACUCAGUUGGUACUUCCUGCUCUGCGUGAACUACUUUUUCUAUGGCGAGACUGUAACAGAUUAUUUCUUCACCCUGGUGCAGAGAGAGGAGCCCUUGCGAAUUCUCAGCAAAUACCACCGCUUCAUUUCUUUUGCCCUGUACUUAACAGGUUUCUGCAUGUUUGUCUUGAGCCUGGUGAAGAAACACUAUCGCCUCCAGUUCUACAUGUUUGGAUGGACCCAUGUGACGUUGCUAAUUGUUGUCACCCAGUCGCACCUCAUCAUCCACAACCUCUUUGAAGGAAUGAUAUGGUUCAUUGUCCCAAUUUCCUGCGUGAUCUGCAACGAUAUCAUGGCGUACAUGUUCGGGUUCUUCUUUGGCCGCACCCCGCUCAUCAAGCUCUCCCCAAAGAAGACCUGGGAAGGUUUUAUUGGAGGUUUUUUUGCCACCGUUUUAUUUGGAUUGCUGCUCUCUUACGUGAUGUCCGGGUACCGGUGCUUCACCUGUCCGGUGGAAUUCAACAACGACACCAACAGCUUCACAGUGGACUGCGAGCCCUCCGAGCUGUUCCAGCUGCAGGAAUACAACAUCCCCGUGGUGCUGCAGUCCGUGGUUGGCUGGAAGACUGUCCGGAUGUACCCCUUCCAAAUCCACAGCAUCGCACUGUCUACUUUUGCCUCCCUCAUUGGGCCAUUUGGAGGCUUCUUUGCUAGUGGAUUUAAGAGAGCCUUCAAAAUCAAGGACUUUGCCAACACGAUCCCAGGCCACGGAGGUAUCAUGGACCGCUUUGACUGUCAGUACCUGAUGGCCACCUUUGUUAACGUGUACAUCGCAAGCUUUAUCAGAGGCCCUAACCCAAGCAAACUGAUCCAGCAGUUCUUAACCUUGCGGCCAGACCAGCAGCUCCACAUCUUCAACACGCUAAAAGCGCACCUCGUUGACAAGGGUAUGUUAGCUAGUUUGGAGGACGCGUAGACAUCCAGGCAAUUGGAGCAGAACUGAAAAACAGACAAGUUUCCUCGAGGAAAUUCCUGGCUUGCCUGAUUUAAGACAAUAACAAGGCCUCAUUUCACUGUAACUUUUCUUCCUUUCUUGGUAAAUGUUUGCAUUUGUGGGUUUUUUUUUUUAAUAUAAUAUAUUUAUAUAGCUUUGGUUAAAAUGAGCAAAUCUGAGUUUGUAGCUAGAAAGGAAUUAAGGCUUGGAAGGACUGUUGGGUGAAAUAGGAGGGCACAGCUGUUCCGCUAGAUCUGUUCUUAGGUUCGACGCGCGCGGGCAGAGCCUAACCUUUCCUUUGAGCGUUGCUUAUGCAGGGAGCGCCCGAAGCGUUGUCUCCUCCGCGCGCCUCGGAGCCGGCGGGGAAAGCGAAGCAGCUCCCCGGCUUCCUUCCUCCUGCCCUGGCAGCGUUCACGACGGGAACUCUGGGGACCCUAACUGUGAGUUUGCAGGUUGAUUUACCCAGAAAGCCCAAAGCUCGAUUAAUUGGAAGAGGACCGCAUGCCGGUCUAGCCGCGUCUGCCCUGCCCAAGCCGGCGCGGGCAUCUGACUUGGCUUGCUGGUCGUCAGAGCGCCUCCCACGUUCGCCCUCACGGUAGAUGUUUUGGCAAAUAAGAUCUUUUCUAACUAUUAAACCGCAAAGAGACUACAGUAAAGGGUUUGCGUUAGGGACAAGGAAUCAAGAAACUGGUAGUCGCUGUAGGAAUGUGGGAGGUUCGAACAGCUCGAAUCACGUAAAUAGGUAUUUUAAAGAACAUUAACAUUUCACUGAGUAAAUCCUACCAAGCAAGAACAACCGUUCAGAUAACUUGGCUCUUUCUUUCUCCUCAUGUAACUUGUAAGAAAGCAACAUUGAACCACACUUCAUUUCUUGAUGGUUGGAAACGCUGCACCGGGGUGUUUUAACUCACGGAGAGCAAGUUUCCAACAUAGUUCCUUUUCUGACGUUUGCAAGUUGGGGCUCCGGCACCCCGCUGGUGCUGCCAGUUGUGUUUUUUUCUUUCAGGGAUCAUGUCUCUCACCUGUUUGUUACUUGAGUUGUAGAUGUCUUGCUGCUGAGUUUAUCAUGGUCUGUGCUGCAUUUCAACCUGGCUUUGCUUACCUGCGGGCUUCUGCUUACUAAAUCUUGUCAGAAAUAGGUUGCACUUAAUAGCUAGAAGUUUUAUCUGAGUACUUUCCUUUAUUUUGUCAUACUUUUUUAUUAUUUAAAAACGAGAGCCCUAAAGAUUGCAAAACCUUUUUUUUUUUUUUUUUUUUUUUUUUUGUGAUCAGAUAGUGAAAAUAUCCCGAGUUUAUCCUAGCUCUUAUGCAGUGUUCCCAUGUACGAAGUGACUCUAAUUUUACUUCUUUCCAUAGUUUGUGCAGGGGAGAGAGAAACUUUACCUUAUUUUAACCUGGCGAGCGAGUGACAGGGACAGAUAACACAGAAGUACGUCGGUGUUUUCAAGCCGUUGCUGACGUAAACCUUGUAUGCACGCGCGCAGAACCAUGUGCACCCCACAAGCUAGCUGACCACCGAUGCAAAAUAAAACACCUGAAAAUGUUG